AUGUCAUUUUUAAAAGUUCUCCCAUGGAGAAAUAAACAGUUACAGAAAUGCGAUUGGCAGGAGAUAGACAUUAUGAUCGAAUCACCGAACGAGAAUUUUUUCCGUAAUGGUGAAUGCUUCAGGGAAAACAAAGUAAAUAUACUGCAUAAAGAAACAUCGUUGAUGUAUGUUGAGUAUUAA